AUGCAUUCACCUGUCUUCAAAGAUAUGCUUGGAUUUUCUCAGCCUGCGGAAGCCGAGCGGGUCGAAGGGCAACCUCUGGUGCGAUUGACCGACCUGGAGGUUGAAGUCACCCCGUUCCUCAAAGCGUUGUUCGAGCCAGAAUUUUUUUUGCCCUUCCCCGCCAAAACCGACUUCGUCACCAUUUACGGAUGUGUGCGCUUGGGGAACAAAUAUUGCGUAGACUAUCUCAAACGCCGUGGGCUCAUACACCUCUCCUCGCAGUUUCCGACCACCCUUGCUCGCUACGAUGCGAUAGACCCAGAUGCGAUAGGUCAAUUGACUCGUGCCCCGUCGGAGGUUACGAGUUGGGAUGUUCCAAAUGACCAAGCCUAUCUCAUUUCCGUCGCCCAACUUGCUCGUGAAGUAGACGCACUAUGGCUGCUCCCCCAGGUUUAUUAUGACAUCUGUCGUCACCUUGCGGAUUUGGGGGAAGUUUUGGUGCGGGACACCAUAUUCAAUGGCAUAACCGCCAGGUUAUCAAUGAGGGACACGCGCAACAUGCUUCUAGGAUGCAGUUCACCCGACGAUUGCGCUCAAGCCAGAUUCCGCCUUCUUCCCUCGGUGCUCGGCUUCCUCCAUGACUAUUCCGCCAAUCCAUUGGACAUAUGGACUGCCGAAGAAUGGCCUCUGUUUGACGGGCAGGUCUGCCAGGAGAUAUGGGAUGAACUGCCAUUAUACUACGGGCUGGGUAACGACUGGACCGAACUCGAGAAACACAAGUUGGAGACCAUAGGAGAUGUGGUGGUUUAA